CGCGUCCCAUAAUCCCGGACGUAUUUUUCUUCGUUGCUGCGAUCGCGAGUAUGCAGACUCUUGUUGAUUGCGCAUUGUCUUUCUCUCUUCGCGAUCGGUUUUGACAGUGGAUAAUAGUGCAAAAAUAUCUGAGUGUUUUGUGAAGUGGAUUGAUAUCGGUGCAGGUGAUUGCGUGUGGUCUAAAGUUUGGUGAAAAAUAAACGAUAAAACGCAGUAUCAGAGACGUAUCGCGUAAAAUACACCGAAGGAGCCGUUAAAGUCCGAUGCCAACGGCAGUCCCGAAAGCGAGGACCAACCGACGCCCGUAUUGCUGAUAGUCUCUCUAGCCGGUAUCAAAGUAUGCAGUCCAGAUGGAAAGUGCGUGCAAAUGGCCCAUGCGUUGAGGCGCAUCUCAUACGCGACCUGUGAGCCACGUAACGGCCAGUUCAGUUUUUUGGCACGGGAACCAAGAGCGCAUUUCAGCAUCCAAUACUGCCACUCCUUCAUUACUGAAUCUCCAGAGCAGGCCGAAGAAUUGAACGCAAUAGUCGGCAAUGCAUUUCGCAUGGCUUACGUGGCGCAAUUGCAACGCCAUCAGCCCAGCUCAGGUGCAACGUCGACAACGGCAAAAAUCAUUCAAGAUGUGAUUAAUAGUCAGAAAACUAGUAAUAAUUCUAAAAACACACAUACUCAUCAUCGCCAGCAACGCGAUACUUCGCCAUCGCAGCAUAGCGCGAACGCAUGGGAUUGCAAAUCACUUUCGAACAGCGACACAGCCAACAACAAUCAUCCGAUUAACUGCAAGUGGGAAACGAGCAACGACAAGCAGCAGCAGCUCCAUAAUCAUCACCAUCACCAUCAUCAUCAUCACAGCAACUCGGCCAGUAGUGGCAGUGUCAGCAGCGACGAGUGCAGCAGUAGCAGUGCAACCAACAGCAGUACCAGUGCCGAAAUGAACUUGCAGCUCGGAAGCAGUGCCUCGCCUACGCUCAGGCUCUCGAGCGUCAAGACCCCGAACUCGAUACCGGGCUUGCGGCCAGCCCACGACUUUGGCCCUGUGUUGACUCAACUCAGUCAAAACGGAGUGGGCUGCAGCAGCGGCGUCGGUGGUGUCGGCGGCGUCGGCAGCAGCAGCAGUAGCAGCAGCAGCAACAACAACAACAAUAACAACAUCAACCAUCACGAAGACAACCUCGGCAAAUCGUCGCAGCAGAGCACGCCGAGCAGCGAAGAGAGCAAUUCACCGACCGAGCUGAAUUCCUACAAGAGACUCGGUGAUAAGCCGCCGCUUAUCAAGCGACUGGCUAUGGGCUUUACCGGACGGGACGUACUGGGCCUGAAUAGCGAAGAGGACAGCUGCCCGCUCGUGGUCAGCGGCGGCAGCACGCCAAAUUCGCCCACGACGCAGCGUCCGCAAUCGGGCGGUUACAUUAACGAGGCCAUCAUUGAUUCGGAAAAUUUGCGUCUCCAGGCCGGCGGCGUCGGACAUUACGGCAAAAUACCUCCGGGCGUCGAUCCCAAGUCCUUGACGUUCGAGAAUGCCAGAACUUUGGACGCCGAUUACAAGAAGCGACCUAGCGCCUCGGCUGGUGGAUUGGGAAUUUUCAUGACGCCAUCGCCACCACCUCUACCCGAGCGCUAUGAUAGUUUGAAUGCUCGUGCCGAGGAAAACGAGUUGAAGAAAGCGCCGUGGUUCCAGGCUGGAAUACCAAGAGAAAUCACAUUGGAGGUAUUGAGUCAAGAGCCAGAAGGAGCUUUUAUGGUCCGAGAAAGUACUAGUAAACCUGGCUGCUACGCGUUGUCUCUGCGCGUGCCGCGCGAUUUCCAGCCCAGUGGUAUAGCUCAUUACCUAAUUAUGCGAACCCAAAAGGGCUACAAAAUAAAGGGUUUCACAAAAGAAUUUACAACGCUAACGUCGCUGAUAACGCAUCAUUCAGUAAUGCCGGAGCUUUUGCCAUGCCCGUUAUCGCUGAGUCGUUACAACCCCAGCUACGCAAAAAGCAAGGACACCUUUAACGACGACGACGAAAUCGAUUCCGAUCCGGACUACACGACUUUAGCAGACUUUCGGAAAAUGAUGGCCGAUCUAAAUGUCUAGGACGAGGCCCCGUCCUCGGACAUUGAGAGAACUGCACAAGCGCCACCUCCACCACCACCGCCUCGAUUACUGCCAACGAUGCAGACGUCAACGUCGUCCACAUCGUUCCAAAAAACGAUCAUGCACGCUUGCAAGAAGCGCAUCGCAUGUGGUCUCGAUUCCUGCGUUGUGCUUUAAUUAUAUUUCGAAGCGCUGGAAAGUUCCGAAUACUCACGGCCGCUUUGACGUCGAGGUUCAUAGAUAACCACAUUUGUAAGCGUCGCCGUUUUUUUACUCAUUCUGUUAGGCUCAGCUCAACGAUAUCUAAACAUCAUAAGAAGAGCCAACAGGAAUAUUGCUGUGACUCCGAUGCAACUGCAACGUGAUAGUCUGAUCGAGACAGUCAACUAUUCUCUGUGAAUGAUAAAUAAAAUAAUCAAAGAUUAUUGUACGGAAAAUAAUUACAGAAUUAAAAUAUAAUGUACUAAAGUACUUUGUUACAACUGCUACGCAAAAUUUGUGUGAUAUUACUCGCAAGUCAUUCAUUUAUAUAUGUAUAUUACAUUAUACCAUAUAUACAUGAUGCAACUACAUGUCUUAUUUAAUGCAAACGUGCGUUCUUAAGAAUCUUGGUGAUACAAUGAUACCUCAAUUCAUACACACGCAUAUAAAGCUUAUUUGUAUAAGUACAUAGAGUUAUGAAUAUAUAGUUUUGCAAAAGUUGCAAUAUGAGCGUGCACAAAAAUUCAUGUUCAUGAUUGUCAAAUAAUGAAUUCUAUUUUUUCCUUACAAUGAAAAUCUCGACUGUGGUAGAUCAUAUGAUAUUUUUUGUUAUUGUUAUUCAACGAUCAAUGAGGAAAGAAAGAAAUUCGUUACCAUCGCGUUAUUCAACUAAUUCAGUAAUAUUUUUUUUCAUACAAUUCAACUUCGAUUCGAUGCCAAUUGGUUUUUGUUGCAUAUAAAUAAAAGAAAAACUAAAUCUAUACUCUCAGAUAUUAAUGAUAGUAGUAAAAUGUGUUGAUAUAUUGUGUAAAUAUUUAAUAAAUGACGAUUUUACUGUUAUUUUCCAAACGUCGAUAGUGCAUUUAUAAUUACGAUUUAUAAAUCGAGGUAAAGAAAUGUAAACGGCGGCGACUCUCGACAAAAUUACUUGCUCGAGUUACCUAGUCUUGUACAUAAUAAUAUCAAUGAAUUAUUAAAUAUAUAAAUAAAUAUAGCAAGAUCGAUGUAUUACUUUGCUCCUGUCAUCAGAACUUGAAAUAACUAUGCUACUUUUUUAGAGCAUGGAGAAAAUUCCUAUAAUUAAUGUCGCAAGUUAUUGUACGUUAUAGCGCGUGUAUCUACUGUGUUAUUUAUCGUUAUAUAGUAUAAAUAAGUGGUCGAAUAAGAAAUGAAAUUAAAAUGGAACAUCUGUUACUAAAGUAGAAAGUGUAAAAACAAUUAAAGGCGAAGGAUAUCAAUUUAAGACAUAUGUAAUUUAUUCAUAGAAAAGAUCUAUUCUAGUGCAGAGUAGAUAUUUCAAAUUUUGAUGGGAAAGCAAAGAGAAAUAUUUAUUCGAACACACACGUAGAAAAAAAACUUUAAUGGAAAUAAAAUAUUAAAAUUAAUAAUGCAGAAAAUAAAUGAUUCAUGUUGCUCAGAACGUACGUAAAAGUACUUAUAUGCAACAAUGUGCUAACGUUAAUAAUAGCAUAACAUUAGAAUCGAUAGUCUUCAGCUCUUACAUUGCAGGUAUUCAUAGUCAAAAUAAUAAAUAAAUAAACUCAUCGGUAGCCUAAAAUCAAUUUUUCACUAUAACAAAACGUUCAAACUAAUGAGUUAAAUUGAAACACCAUAUUUAAAAAUAAAAUAAAAAAAAUGAAAUAUUUAAAAGCAUUGAUAAAAUUCAUUUUUAUCUUAAUAGAAACAAAAUCGCAAAUUGACUAUUUUUACUUUUAUACGUAAUGCUCAUCAUAAUAUCAUGCUUAUAAUUCCAGUGUGCUUAAUUUCUACUGCCUGUAUGUGUAAGACUUCAAUGAGUUUUUAGCAUACCUCUGUGUGUUCGGCAUAUUGUGCUUUACGAUAAAAAAUCAUUCAUACAAAAAUAUUAAAAAAAAAAAUUAUAAUAACUUCUUAUGAAGUUGAAACAUUGUUCUUCUAUACCAUAGGAUUGAACUUUAAUAAACUGUAAAUGUCCUUCGUCGAUGAUGAACGUCGAGUGAGAAAAAUUAAAUAAA